UGUCUAAUUUUUAGAGUUUACAGUUAAAAAUUUUAAUUUUAAAGUUCACCAAAUAAAAUGUCUAAUAUACUAGAGAAAAAAGGAAAAGGAAAGCUUGAUGAUACUAUUCCUUUAAAAUGUUUCAUUGAAAAUUUUUUAAAUGUUGAUGAUCAUACAGAGUUUAUUCUGAGAGUUCAAAGAGGUGAAAAUACUGAUAACAGCUGGAAGGUACAACAUCGGUACAAUGAUUUUGCUACACUUCAUGCUUCACUCACUAUGAAUUUGAGCGGUACAGAGCUUGUUUUACCUCCAAAAAAAAAGUUUGGAAAUAUGGAUAGCACAUUUUUACAUGAACGACGCGUUGCUUUGCAGGAAUUUAUGAAUAGUGUUCUUUCUGGUUUCUUUUCACAACAUAUAGCAGUUAAAAAAUUUUUAGAUCCAUUAAAUUAUUCUGACGAAAUUGAUAGGGUUGCUCAGCAACAAGCUGCAAUGUUUUUUCGUUCUGAACCAAAGUGGGAAUUGCAAGAAAAUUUAAAAGAUAUAGGUUGGAGGUUAAGGAAAAACUAUUUUGCUGUAAAAUCUAAAGAUAGCGCUAUUAAAAAAAAGUUUCUUUUAUCUUGGGUUGAACAUGGACCUGAUAUGAAUCUUGAUUAUGAAACUACUUUGUUGGCGCUAUUGCAGCUUCUAACGUCCUUACAGCAUCCAUAUAUCUACCCUGUAAAUUAUGCAUCAUGCACAGAUAAAGGAUCAACAGUGGUAAGAAGUUUGCAUCCAACAGGUUCACUCCGGGAUCUUAUCUUCAAGUCAAAACCUACUCAACCCUUUGUAAAAAAAUAUGGAAUCUUGAAACCUAGAGCAGGUUUGGAAAUAGCUGAUAUACAAAGAAUUGGUCGCCACAUUUUAGAAGCUUUGAAGUUAUUUAGAGAUGUUGGUUGGCCUUUUGGACAUUUACAUGCUGGCAAUGUCAUUGUGGAUGGGCAGCAAACAUGGUUGUUUGAUAUUGAAAAUGGAAUCUUAGGUUUGCCAUCAGCAUAUCGUUCUUACAUGAUGGAAUUGAAAUGUGUUAAGAAUAUGGAAUCAAUGAAUGUUUAUUGCUUUGGACACUUGCUCUAUGAAAUGACAUUUGGUGUUUGGUUACAGAGUGCUACAGUAGUGAAUAUACCUGAAAAUUGUCCCUUACCUAUAAAAAAUAUUUUACUUUCAAUAUUAAAUACAAAAUCAACAAAAUCUGUUCUACCAUCCAUUGAUGAUCUUAUAGCUCAACCAUUCUUUAAUCAAGUGGUUAUUGAACCAUGCAAAUCAUCUUUUAAAGUAAGUAAAUUUAAAGAUUCUUUAGUUCAAGUUCAAAACAGCAUUGAAACAAGGCUACGAGAUGAUCAAAGAAAGCUACGUCAAUUCAAUCGUUUGACAAAAGCAAGAUCAAAUCUACUUUCUGAAGAAGAAAAAAAGAAAAGAAAGAAAUCGUCGAAUAAAAAAACCUCAGUGACGACAUCUUCAACUGUAAAUGGAGAGUCAAUUGGUAAACAGACUACUGAAACCACAGGAACAGUUGGUAAUGUGAACACUGGAACUAUAAAUGGAAGCGUUCCAAGAGUCCAGCAAAAUCCUACCAUCAACUCAGCUACUGGUUUAACCAAUAGUGUAACUAAUUCAACUCCUAAUGGAAUUGCUUCCAGACCUCAGCAGAACGUUGUCAAUAGUUCAGUUUCUACUGUGAAUUCGAAUCCCAAUCUAAAUUCGUCAGCACCUGCUGGGCGAGGAGCUUUGUUGUCAUCCAUAAGUACGUUUGGUAAGGGUAACUUAAAAAAAUGUAAAACAAACGACAGAAGUGCACCCAUUGUAUGAGUCAAUUGAUUUUUUAUUCUGUCUAAUUGUUUCGCUUGUUUCUUCAAAAAUCGUUCUGAUUUUUUCUAAACAAUUGUUUUUAAUUUUUUUGUUUUUUUUUUUGCUUUUGCUUUUUUUUUCUUACUUUAUUUGCAAACAUUUUAGUUAAAUUAUUUUUUAUAAUCUAGAUACUUGAAUAAGGAGUAUAAUUUGAGUUCUUAUAAUUAUUAUAAUUUAUAAUAGUUAUAUAAUUAUUAUAAUUUAAUUAAAAAGGAAAUUUUGUGCGUAAAUUUGAAAUGUGUUUUUAGAGAUGUUUUCUAUGAAUAAUUUCUAAAUGAUUGAUUUUUAAUUAUUUAACUUUUAUAUAAUUUCUUUAUUUAAUUUUUUUGUAACAUAUUCAUUUUAUAUGAUUUAAAGAUUUAACUUGUUUUGUUGUUGCUGGGAAACAGCUCAGUUGGUUAAAGCGCUGCUAAAAAUUUCGGAAUAAUUAUUGGUCAUAGCAGCAUGAUUGAAGGUUCAGAUCCCGGUUCCGUAAAAUAGUAGUACUUCGGUGCGAAGGGAACUUGUCUCGAUUAGCUCUGCUACUACGAUGUUUCGUAAAUAAAUAUUUUAGACGA